UUUAACCUUUUCCUCUGAUUAUUUAUUUAUUUUAUUAUUUUUUCCAAAAUUUCCGUUUACAUUUUAACGAACCCCUGUGGUUUCUUCACAAAAAUCACCACAGGGGGGAGGAGUCUGUUGGUCAACCCAAUUCUGUGACCACUGACAACCCUCCUUCAUGGCUAAAUCAACCGCCGCCGGCAGCAUCUCCGCUGUGUCCUACUCACCAACGUCAUCAGUAUCUUCUUCUCCCACCAUCCGAUUUCUUGGUCAACUCACAGUACCGGAAAAAUCGCCAGAUCUCAACAACAACAACAACGGUGGUCUCGAGUUCAACGAGAGCGACGUAUUUUGGUCAUCAUCCUCCGACGUUUCAGACAUUCAGUCACCAAACGUUUCCAGUUCUCCGCCUAUUCACCGUCAAUACAACUCCGGCCUCUACGCUGCGUUAUCCGACGAUCAGCAUCCCUUGGUUCGACGGAAACCUGCGAUGAGUCCGUCCCAAUCCGCCGCCACGGCUGCUCGGACUAUACCUCCGGUUGCGCUUAGGCGUUCUUCCGAGCAUUCUCCCGCUUACCACCAGUCGGCGCCGGUGAAUGUGCCGAUUUGGCCGAAAAACAAACCGAUUAAUUAUUUAGGGCAAUUCGAUGAAGUGGCUGAUAACGCGGCGGAGGAGGAGGAAGAUGACGGGGAGAUGGUUCCGCCUCAUGAGAUUGUGGCGAGAUCGUAUGUGACGUUUUCUGUGUUUGAGGGAGCUGGUCGUACUCUCAAAGGGAGGGACCUGUGUCGUGUUCGCAACGCGGUGUUUCAAAAGACAGGUUUUCUUGAUUGAAAACUGAAAUCUUCUUCUUUCUCAGUUCUGUAAUCUAUCGAUUUUGUAACCUAAUUCCUCUAGAUGAAAAUAAAAGUUUUGUUUUGUUUUGUUUUAUGACAAA